AUGGUGCGCUUCCAGACGGGGCGCAGAGUCGCGGCCGACAGCUACCUGGACGCCGGCGUUGGGGCUCUCCCGCCGCUCUCGGAGCUCACUCUGCUGACGCACAUCAUGCUCAAGAGGACGACCUCGAACAUCCCGGUGCUCAGCUACGCGGUCGACGGGGCGCCCGGGGAGCUGAGGGUCGGUGAGUGGCCUCCGGGCCGAGCUGCUCUUUCAGCUGUUUCAAAAGAUAUUUCACCCUCCACACCAGUGUUACCCAAAUUCGUCCCCGACUACAGGAUUCUCUCCGUGGUCUGCUGCCGCGGCCGCGUCGCCGCGACGGUCCCGGCGCAGAUCACGAUGCGCACAUGGGACCGCCUCGCGCUGGCGCUCGACCUGCGCUCCAGGCGCCUGCUGAUGCGCUACAACAACGUGUCCAGCGAAGUCCCUCUGGACGUAAACGCCGAAGGGUUUGGCGUCAGCGGCCGCCUGGAAGUCGAGGGUGGAGGGCGUCUCGUGGUCGGCCAGAACCUUAACUCGGUUGAGGGCGACUUCAACCCCCUGGAGUUUCUGGACGGAAGCGUAGCCGACUACAGGCUCUACGGCAAAGCUCUCAGCUCAAGCCAGCUGGAGGAGUGGACGGCUUGCAAGGACGUGCCGGGCGCUCCCUCUCCCCUCGUGUCCUUGAGCGACGGCCGACUCACGGAGGUUGGAGACGUCGAGUCCAGAGACAUCGCGGUGCGCCAAGUAUGCGGGAACGACGCCCCUGAAUUCUCCGUUUUCUUUGCCGAAAAGAUGGACUUUGUCUUGGCCAAUUCCUGGUGCAAGAGGCUCGGGGGGAACCUGGCUCUGCCGAGGAAUGCGCCCGACAACAGGUUAAUGUGGAACGCCACAGCAGGCAGUAAAAACCAGUGCUCCGACAACUGGACUUACCUUAGCUGGCUCGGGAUCACCGUGGACCCUCAGACCUUCCAGUGGGUUGGUAUGAACGACAAGAAAUCUCUCUCGUAUUCUAAUUUCUUACCAAUCAGUCGGUUGCCAUCAGAAAAAUAUCAGUGCGCAGCUACAGUGAGUCAUAGCAAGUACCACUGGACAGCGAGCCCUUGCAGUGUUAUGAUGUGCGCUUUGUGCAACUUCAAGACUUUCCAGACCGUAAGACUGCGAGGUCUCUGCAAGUCCUCGCUCCUGGAUCGCGAGUUCUACUUGUUCGCAAACCAAGAUAAUGAACUCGUUUACGAAGGAAUAUCCCACGUGAGGAUUAUGAAGGUUAAAGAUACUUGGGGGAUGGAGAGUCGCCGCUAUGAAAAUAUUUCUGCAAGAGUCGUUGAAGAGGUCACCAUCUUCCCCAUGGGCAUUCAAUCCUGGAAAGUCAGGGGGGAUAACUGUCCAAGUAAAGAGGUAAGAUCUAAUAAAUGUUUUUAAAUUAAUUUUUUGUUAGUGUGGCAGAGAUCAAGGGUGCGGGUAAACCAUAUGUUUAGUACACAUUCCGAAUGGCCCUGCUUCAUCACCAGUAGAUCUAGCUGGCGACAUUUCAAAAUGAAUUUGAUUUCGGUUUUGAUCUGGUAAUCAUGCCGACCAUACCUUGUUGAUGUAUGGUUGGCAGUAUUUGCUUACCACUUCGUCCUUUGAAUGUAAUGCUUUCUAUAAUUUCCUUUUCUUAU